CAAAUUUCAAUUUUUGUAUGUCAAUAAAAUUGAGGUAGGAUUUAUUUUUGGAUAUUUCGGCAAUAUCCCGUGAUUAUUAUUUAAUAUUAUUUUAUAAUUUUUAACGAAAAAUUCGCUUAAAUAUGGCCUCUUCGUCGUCGUCCGAUUCGAAAAAGCAAAUCUGCUGCAAAUUGGGCUUGAAACCCUUGACCGGAACAAAUAUACUCUAUUAUUACAUUCCGGCUCAUGGGGUCUUCAGCUACACCGCCCUCUCCGUGAACGUCAUGAACCCGUCGUUGGUAUUCAGGGUGUGCUCGAAGCGAGAUGUGACUAAUAUACUCCUAUGUCAAACCCUCAUCGGCAGUGGGUUGUAUUUGUACAACAGACCGCAUUUGAAGUCUUUACCUAUGAAGGAGAAAAUCUUGUACAGUUCAUUCGGAGCGGUGACUUUCUCGCUAGGUUCAGUUUUGAUAUGGGCUAUAUUAAGGAGCGUGGUGCCCCAAAAUGUGGGGUUAUGCACCGUCGCAGGCAUCGGUUCCGGACUAGCUUUGGUGAAAAUCGCUCGAAAUUACGUAGAACACAACGAUUCACUCGUUGAAAAAAACGCUUGAACGCAACCCGCGUACCCUUUUAGUUUAGUGUUUUUAUUCAUUGUAAUUGCGUAAUAAAUACCAAAAAUUAAUAAACCUGUUUUAAACCGAA